AUGGGGAGUAUACCAAUAAAUACUCCAAUAGAGCAUAAUCAUUGUCUCCAGGAAUCGGUUGGAAAGGACUACCCUGAUAAAGAAAGAUACCAAAAGAUGAUGGGAAAAUUGAUACAUCUAUCUCUUACUCGACCUGAUAUAGCUUAUGCAGUAUAUGUUGUCAGCCAGUUCAUGCACUCUCAAAAGAUUCCUCAUAUGAAAGCAGUGGAAAGGAUCCUCAAGUAUUUGAAGACAUGUCCGGGAAAAGGAAUUUUGUUCAAAAAGCACAAUAAAAUUGAAAUUGAGGCAUUUAUUGAUGUAGAUUGGACUGGAUCAGUUGGAGAUAGGAAAUCUACUUCUGCAUAUUGUACAUAUGUUGGGGGGAAUUUGGUUACUUGGCAAAGUAAAAAGCAAAAUGUGGUUGCAAGAUCUAGUGUAGAAGCAGGAUAUCGAGCUAUGGCACAUGGUGUUGCAGAACUAUUGUGGUUUAGAACUCUCCUUGGUGAUCUCGAAGUGAAGGUUGAUGGUCCUCUCAAGCUAUGCACUUCAGCAAACACUCAUGAUCAACCUAAAGAUAAACCUUACAGCUUUAUAGGAAGGGGUGGAUAUAGACAAAGCUUUUCACAAGCUAUUGAAGGCCAACUCUUGAAGAACUUGGUAGGAUUGAUAUUUGGCAACAACAGAUUCAGUGACUCCACAACCGCAGCCGACUCUGCGAUUGCUCGGACAUUACACGCAAUCUCUGAGGUAGGAAUGGUUUGCUACAUGUUUGUGUUGGGCCUAGAAAUGGAUCCUUACGUACUGUUUCUCCCACCAACACGAGAAGUCAUGGUGGCAUACACUGGAAUUCUCUCCACCUUCAUCGUGGCCUGCAUUGUGAUUCCAUUUCUCACUCUAUCAAAGCACACAAACCUCAGAUACGUGCUCAUCCUCUCCAUCUCCCUCUCCAACACUGCCUCCCCCCUCCUGACCCGUCUGAUUACCGAGCUCAAGAUCGGAAAGUCGGACAUCGGCCGGCUUGCGGUAUCCGCCGGAAUGCACUCCGACAUGAUCUCUACACUCCUCAUUUCCAUCGGUCUUAUCUCUAUUCCGACCAGAGAAGAGGGAGUCUACAUAGGGGAAAUCGUGUUCCUGACAGCUUUAGUGUUCAUACAAGUGUUCCUCAUGGUGAAGGGAUUGCCGAGCUUCACGAACUGGAUCAACGACAACAACCCAGAGGGGAAGCACAUGAAUGGUCCUCACUUGGUGCUCGCAAUCGGCACAGUGGUCAUGGUUUGCUGCUUUGCUCCUCUGGCGGCGGUGAGUCCCAUCAUGAACUCCUUCUUGACUGGACUGAUCAUUCCGAGAGGAGGGAGGUUGUCCAAGAUGCUCACCAACAAGAUUAACUACUUCCUGAGCGUGCUGUUUUAUCCGAUCUACUUCUGUUGGGUGGGAAUGCAAGCUGAUUUCAGGCAAUUUAAGACCAAGGACUGGCACACAUGGGCCAACCUCCUCCUCUUGUUCAUAGCCGCAACGCUCGGGAAAAUCUCCGGAACGCUGAUCGCCGGCAUAAUGCUAGGGUUUAACUGGCCGGAGUCAAUCGCAUUAGGGUUGCUUCUGAAUAUCAAAGGGCAUUUUCACAUCUACUGUGCCAUGAUUGCCUUGGAAGCAGGAGCUAUGAAUACUGGAAGCUUCAUAGACAUGGUAAUCGUGUCUAUCCUCACCAUCGUCUACGUCCCCCUGGUGGUGGCAUUCAUCGUGGGGCGUGCUCGCAAGCGAUCGUGCCUUCAACCCAUGACACUCCAGUGGCUAGAUCCAGGAUCCGAAUUACGAAUGCUGCUGUGCCUCCACGGGCCUCACAACGUGCCCACCGCCAUCAAUAUCAUGGAGAUCACUCGUGGAGGCCACUCAGGCCUCGUCGUCUAUGCUACUGACAUGAUCGAGCUCAAUUCCCGGACGGCUGCCACGCUCGUCCAAGGCGAGGACCUGGAUGCCGUGACGGUGGCCGACGAGACAAUCGUCAGUAUGCGAGAGCAGAUCAGCAAUGCGAUCCAGGCUUACAUGGAUGCGAGCGGCGACGGGAUCAGUCUCCACCGGAUGCUCGCCCUCUCGACAUUCAGUAACAUGCACCAAGAUAUCUGCAACAUAGCUCAGGACGUCUCCGCCUCUUUCAUCAUCUUACCCUUCCACAAGAGCCAAAAGGUUGACGGGAGGAUGGAUGAAGGCCACGCUAACUUCAGAAAUGUCAACCGUAAGGUUCUACGUCACGCCCCAUGCUCAGUGGGGAUACUCGUCGACAGGGGCCUUGGCUUGAUCAACAAGGUCAAAAGUCAUUCGUAUGUAUCACUUAACGCCGCUGUGAUCUUCAUCGGAGGAAGAGACGAUCGGGAAGCAUUAGCCUAUGCCGGCCGUGUGUCGCGGCACCCUGGAGUGACCCUCACUGUCAUCAGAUUCGUACACGACACGAACGCCGAUAAUUCCUCCAUCUUGGCCGGCGGCAUUCAUAUCGCCGGUUCACUGAAACAGGUGGAAGAGGAAAUGAGGAUUGACGACGAAUGCUUCGCCCAGUUUUAUGACAUGCACGUAGCUGCAGGUAAGGUCGGGUACGCCGAGAAGUACGUGGCAAAUUCAGCCGAGACGGUUUCUUCUCUCAGAGGCAUGGAGGGACAGUACGCGCUCUUCAUCGUGGGGCGUGGCGGGCCCGGGGGCCGAGCAAAUACCAUAUUGACGGCUGGGAUGAAUGACUGGGAGGAGUGUCCCGAGUUGGGCCCCAUUGGGGACAUACUCUCUUCUUCUGAUUUCUCGAUCAUGGCCUCUGUGUUGGUCAUACAACAACAUAUUCUUAAGCAUGACAUAGAGGGCAUCAGCGAUGAAUUCUCGGUGAUGUAG